GUGGGAAAUUUUUGCAGCAUGUUUAUGAAUAAAGAGAAGAAAUCGUCAUUUCCUAGAAGAAAACAGACCGGAGGUCGAGAAUUUUCGCGAUGGUUUAUUUGUGAUGAAAUUUAGGUACAUGGUCGACAUAUUCGAGAAAUUAAAUAACUUGAAUCUUCAGCUCCAAGGAGCAAAUACACAUAUGUUGGAUACGAGUGAUAAAUUUAAUGCUUUUUGUAGAAAAUUGGAAUUGUGGAGCAGAAAUUUAAAGCAAGAAACCUAACAACGUUUGCGAAUGUGAAUGAUUGUACUAAAACUUACAAGAUAUAUUUGACUACUUUGUUUCUUUUUUUUCAGAGCAAAGAGUCACAACUAAAGUCCGGCGCACUCAAAAGUAAAGUUAAAAAAAAAAUCUUCCUGCAAUCGGCGAACUGUAGGAAUCAGUAACCUUUGACACGUAGAAACGGGAAAACGUCAUCCAUCAGGGAAGUGCCAGAGUUGUAGCAUUUCCUCCUUAGGUAACUUGUAUUGAAGCGGGCCCUUUUCGCGCUUAGACUAUAGUAAGAAUUGUAAUAACAGGUAAAACUGAAUGCAAAAAUAAAUGAUAGGAUUAAACUUCUCAUUCUACGAUGAAACGUUAUCGCCACUACAAGUUAUUGUCCUUUAAAGAGUACAACUGCAAGUACAGAAAAGUGAAACCACUUAGCGUAAUGUGACGGAAUUCUUUCUAUUUUCAUUUUUAGUCUAUUUAAAUCAAAAGGACUGCUGUUGCAACAGUUUUUCGUUCCCGUUGAUUGGGGAAUUGCUGCGAGUUUAAUUGAGAAGAAAAUUUCUGAUCAAGUAUUUUCUGUUAAGCCCUAAAUUUUAAAUAUAUUGAUUGACAGAAACAAUCACGUUAAACUUUAUUGAUGAGUGCUACUAAAUGCUUACUAAAAUAACUUGAAGGUAAAAAAAAAAAAAAAAAAGAGUCGAUAGUGAUCAUCUGCAAACUGAACUGCUUAUGUGUAAAAUACCAUGGAUUAUAGACAUAGAAAAGUGAUCCAAAAAUAUAUCCAUCUUCUCCAACAAUCGAUCGAUUUGCUCGAUAUUAAAGAUGAUUUAAGUAAAUCAAAAAUAUUCACUACCCAUAUGCUUAGAGAUAUUUAUGAUGGGGAAGCAUCGUUUUUUGAAGAAUUACCUACUCGUGGUCCUGAUGCUUUCUUUCGUUUCAUUAAUUUGUUAAAAGAUAGGAAGAAUUAUGCUUCCAUAGCUGAAGAUUUGUGUCAUUUAGCAAAUCCAGCCUACCAGUUAUCAGAUAAGUAUGGAUAUUUUUAUGUUUUAUUGAAUUAUGACUUUGAAGGAAUUCAAACUGCUGUAGAAUCAAAAGUUUUGCAGGAUGGAUUUAAAUUGGAAUUUCGAGCUCUUGAUUUAGCUUUAUCAACAGUUGGUUAUAAAAGCCACAAAUAUAAAGAAAAUCUAUUAGCUGAUAGUUUUUACUCAAAACUGAAAAAAUUUUCUAAAAUGAAUUUUAGUGAUGUAAGUUCUUGCAUUGUUAUUAUUCUAGGUUUUGGUGUCAAAAAUAAGGAUUCUAAAGUUAUAUAUGGUAGUGAUGGUAAAUAUAUUAUGCUUCAUGAUAUUUUGAAUUUAUUUAGUGACAAAAAUUGCCCUUCUUUAAAAUAUAAGCCAAAAAUAUUUCUUUUACCAUCAUUUGAUAUGUCUCAAAAUGAUUCUGUAGAAAAUGCUGAAUUAUUAUAUAAUGUAAAUGACACUUUUCUCUGGUAUUUCCCUCCUUUGAAGAAUUAUAAAUAUGUGAAAGAAAAAUUUUUUGGUGAAGUUCUUUCAGAAAAUCUUGAAACUAAUUAUCUUCAAUCUGAUUUUGAAACAAUUUUUAAAUCUUCUUAUAGCAUGUUUAUAGACCAAUUACAGAAGAUUUCACUGGAAGAUUUAAAUUCCACUCCAGAAUAUGAAAGAUUAGGGAAAUGUAGAGAAAAAAUUUUAUUUACUUAAAAGUCUUGAAAUCUCAAGUAUCUACGUAGUUUUGUUCAUAAGUUAUAUCUGAAGAGUUUCUUCAUAAGUUAUAUCUGAAUUCAAGGAGAAAUUAAGAAUUCUACAUUUCAAUGAAGAAAAUUGUAGGAAGUGAUGGAGAGGUAAACAGUCUUGAAAUAAAUCAAAUUAGAAACAUAAAAAAUAAAUUUUGUUUACUCAAGAAAAAGAAGGAAAAAUUUAUUAUAUGUGUAUACUGUAAAAAAAUCUAUAUUUUCAAAAUGCUCUCCGAACUUGUCUGAUGUCAGUGCCCAAAAAAUUUGAACUGAAAUUGUUACCUGAAGGAAUUCAAAUUAGAAGCAAAAUAAAACAAAUUUUGUUUUCUAAAGAAAAACUCUAUAUUCAUGCAUAGACGGUAAAAAAUCUGUAUGUUCAGAAUGCAUUCCAAACUGACGUAUGUGUGUAUAUGAAAGUCUGAACUGAAAUAUUGCAUGAAUUUCAGGAAAUGAUAGAGAGGUUAAUAAUCUUGAAGGAAUACAAAUUAGAAGCACAAAAAGACAAAUUUUAUUCUCUAAAGGAAAAAAAAAUGUUUAGAUGGUAAAAGAUCUGUAUGCUCAGAAUGCACUCCAAACUUGUCUUGUGUAUGUGCACGAAAAUCUGAACUGAAUGAAUUUUUACAUGCAAAAACAGAUAAUUUGAUCCUUGGGAGACACGAGAAGGUAGGAUAUUGGUGAAUCCCCCCCCCUCUUUGUGAAUGAACAACAAAACCUUUUACCAACUGUCUAGGCUAAAAGGUAUGUAUAUAGGCAGCUUUGACUGAAAAAGAAAUAUCUCCUGUAAACCAAGUCUAGUCAUUUCAAGAAAUUGCUUAGGGCUACAAGGAAUCAACAAACUUCCCGCAUUGCAUAGGGCAGUUGAUGGGAACCACAUCUGAAUGGUACAGUCAGAUAAUAGUGACACCCUGUUUUAUUGCUAUAAAUUUUUUCUAUAGUUCUGUUGACCAUGCACUAUGCUUGCUGUUAUACUUAUUGAUUUAGGAUUGCAUGGGAAAUCCUCAGUCUCGGGAAUUUUCAGAAAUUUUGGAUUGCAUGACAAAUUAUUAAAGGGAUAACUGUAUAUCCCUUCCCCAAAUGAGCUGGGAGAUGAGUUAGUAUCCUACGUCAUUCUGGAGGAUGAAGGACUUGCCAUGUCAGAAAAAAAGGCAUAUGAUGGCAAAAGUCUUUUGGUAAAGAAGGGAGUCUUCAAAUAAGACAAGACCUACCCAAGACAAGGCGAUGUAUCGAAUGUGCAUUCUUCAGCACAGUUAACUAAUGGAUCAUAUUCCAUUUCCCAUUAAAUGUUUUAAUUUGAUUUUGAAAGUAUAAAUGAAAGAUGCCUGUGUUUUGCAUAACUUCGUUCAUCAAAGAGAUGGGCAUCGAAAUGAACAAUCCAGUGGAAUUAAACAGUCUGUAUUGUAUGAUAUUAAAAAUGACUCCACAUGCAGGGAAGAUUUUAAAGUUGUGAUUUUAUGGGAUAAAUUUGCAAAGUAUUUUGAAAAUAAUCCCUUAGAAUGGCAAAAUGAAAAGAUUUUAAAUUAAAAUUGUGAUAUAUUUAUACUCAUGUUAAUGUGUUGUUAUAAUAAUAUUUUGUUUUUAAAUGAAUCCUCAAUCCAAUCCUUUCUUUUACAAUGCAGUUUUUGCUUUAAAAAAAAUUGUCUCCCAGCGAAUUUUUAAAAUGUUAUCCUUGUAUUUGUUUAUUUUCAUAUCCCAUGCAAAUGGUUGUUCUGCUAUUAGUGCUUUUAUGCUAAAACUCAUUUUUUUCCCCUGAAAAAUAAAUAUUACCUUAGAAACAAUAGCAACAUAAUUAUUAAAAUGAAUAGAAUUUAAUUGCUUUAACUCUCUCUGCUUUUGGCAAUCAGCUGCUUCAUCAAUAUUAUUAAUAGUUUCUAUUGCAGUUGAUAAAUUAAAUCUUAUUAUGUUAAAAUAAUAAUAAUAAUAACGCUAAGCAAAAUAACUCUAAAAAAUGUCAAAUGAAUGUUAUUACAUUGUCCAAGUCACAAAAAUUUGGAAAUAUUGUCUAGUUUUUAAUGCUAUGUUUUUUAUAAUAUUAUAAACAAAUCUCAGAAAAAAAUACUGUUUGAAAAGGUAAAUACUUAAGCAUUGAAAUAUGUUUGACUUUCAUAACAACUAUGAAAAUCAUUACUGCAAAUUUUAAAAUUGUCUUGCAGACAUUAAAUAGUGUAGAAAAGAUUAAAAUAAUAUAAAUGUAUUAGAAGUAUUAGUUUUGAAUUGUUAUUGUUAAAAAAUCUGUAAUGAUUGGGGUCAAUUCAUGUGACUUAAAAGUUACAUGUCAUGAACUUCUGCGCAUGGCAUUUAAGUUUCAUCCGCACCGCUUUCGUCGAUUAGUCUGUCAUUAACGUUCUCCGCCAAAUAUGAAGCGGAUUUUUUGUUUACAUUUGAAGUUAUAAUUUUUGAAUCAUUUUUUUUUCUCCUCUUAUUAUGUGUUAAAAGAGAAAAUAUUGGUGUGCUGAUGGAUGCAUGCUUUAAUGCGAAACACAAGAGUGACUGUCAUGAUAAAAUGUUUUCUUAUUUUCCUUUCAACAAUCCUGACUUGGGUUGAUAGCUUUGGUAUAGAUUUUUUUAAGCCUUCGAAGUGAUAUGCUUCGAUCAUUUUGAAGAAUUUAUUCAGUUUGUGUCCGUUUAUUAAAUAUAGCUGUUCCAGUAAUUUGUUAGAAAAACUGUUCGAAAGAAAAGAAAUCGGUAAGCGAUUUGCCGUCAAAAACAAUCAAACAAAAUCGUGAGUGCAUUUCUAAUUUACUUUAUUCACAUUUGAUGAAAUUUCUGAUAAUUUUGAAUAUGCUUAGAAGAUUUUAAAAUGUUUACAUGAAUAUUACAUUGCAUUUUUCUACAAAAUCUUAUCUAAAUUUAAUUAAUGUAAGUAAACAAACUCCUGUUGCAAAAAUAACAACUGCUAAACUUAGGUGGAAGUGAAUAUUACUAGUUUUCUAAUUACAUUUGCAGAUUUGUGAUGGAUUCAAAUUGAAUUUAUAUCAAACAAAUUUUUUAUUGUUCAAAAUAAAAUGUCAAUAGUUUAUUGUAUUUAAACUGAAAUUGACUGUUAUCAUAAUAUCAUGUUAUACCAUUGUGCACCUCAGUGAUUUCUGUUUUAAUAAAUACAGGUCUUUUCAUUGAAAAUCAAUUUCCAUAUCAGCAUUUAUUAUAUAACUUUUAUCCCCAACCAUUGCUACAUGCAUGUUUCACUUUUUUUUUUUUUUUUUUUUCUAUUUCUUUAACAUAUCAAUUUUGAAUUGUAAAAUUCUGUAAAAGCAUAAAAGUGCUUCUUUCAACUACUCUUUAUAUCCUAUUUAACUUCUCUGUCUCUCUCUCUCUCUCUCUCUCUCUAUAUAUAUAUAUAUAUAUAUAUAUAUAUAUAUAUAUACCGUGUGCGGCAUAAAUUCGUGCAAACUUCAAAAAAUCAUAAUAAAAAAAGUAAUGCUCCAAAAAAAUUGCGGUUUGCGGGAAUAUGUUCAGUGAGCCUUUCCAUUAAAAAAAUGUAUUUAAAAAUGACCAAUAGAUGGCGCUCACAUGGUCAUACCGAGACGGUUUAUGCAAACCAGGAAAGCAGAGCACAGUAAUAUUAUAGUACAUUUUAUUUUAAGGCAUAAGAUGCUCAACAUGACCGCCACCACAAGGUAUUAAGCAAGUGAGGCGCGUAGACCCGGUAGACACGAGACUUUCAGGUAUCCCCACAACCAAAAGUUCGCUGGAGAAAGAUCUGGCGAUCGUGAGGGCCACUCAUUCUUACAUCCUCUGCUUAUCACUCUGUCUUCAGUGAAUGUGUGUAGGAGGAACGUCUUAACGGAACUAGCAACGUGGGGUGGGGCACCAUCCUGCAUAAAGGUGACGGAGGAUAACGCACGUCUUUGCUGAAAGGCAGGCAUAACGUGGUCUCGCAAAAGCCUAAGCUAGCGUUCUGCAGUGACGGAACAGGUUUUCCACCCGAAUGCAGGACAAUGCUCAUCAAAAAAGAAAGGUCCUAGAGUGAAGGACGCAGUGAAACCGCACCAAACAGCCACAUGUGGAGAAUGUAGUGGUUUGGUCGUGUACGCACGAGGGUUUGAUGUUGCCCAGGUACGACUGUUUUGCGUACUGACGUCACCAUGCAAGUGGGCUUCAUCUGUCCACAUGAUGUUAAAUAGCCAUUGUGGGUCACAUUCCAUUUGUGCGAGCACCCAUGUUGCAAAGGCUUGUCUUUUCUCGCAAUCUGCUGGUAACAACUGGUGAAAUGCCUCUAUCUUGUACGGAUGCAGUUUCAAGAUUUCGUGCAGAAUGCGUCGGAUCGUCCUUUCCGGAAUUCCUGUUAUUUUACCUGCUUCACGUGCACUGGAGCAGGUAAAAUAACAGCCGAGACUUCAACUCCCCGUUGAAGUCUCGGCUGCCACAUUUCUCAUGACCCUUUGGACAACAGAGACGUAGUCAGCGCUGACGCAUGGUCUGCCACUUCGUGGACGAUCCGCUAAUCUUCCCGUUUCCUCAAAACUGCGAACUAAAUUCAAUAUCCCAUUCAAUGAAAUUGAGUUUUUCUACGCCUUAAUUCCUUUCACCGUCCGCAACUGUCGCAAUGCUUUAGUCGCGGAUUCACCGUUCUUAUAGAACAGUUUAACCACUAAUGGUCGAUCUGGUAGCGAUAGCAUGCUACUGGCGUCAAAUGACAGAUCCAUUUCCAGCUUUGUGUUUUAUAGCUAUACUGAUUUUCAUAAACAGUCUCGGUAUGACGUGUGACCGCCAUCUAUCGGACAUUUUUUAAAUACAUUUUUUUUAAUGGAAAUAACAAAAUCCAAAGGAAAGGCGAUUCUCUGAACAUAUUCCUGCAAACCGCAAUUUUUUUCGAGCAUUACUGUUUUUAUUAUGAUUUUUUGAAGUUUGCACGAAUUUAUGCCGCACCCGGUAUAUAUAUAUAUAUAUAU